AUGGCUGCUGUGCCUGCUGUGAAGCUGGAGAACGGGGCCUCAGUGCCAGUGCUUGGAUACGGGACAGGCACAGCGUGGUACAAGAGGGCCGGAGCCGAAGACAUCGACCGGGAGACCGUUGAUGCUGUGGCGACGGCCAUCAGAACGGGAUACAGACACCUCGAUGGCGCAGAGGCCUACGGGACGGAGAAAGAGCUGGGCAUAGCCAUCAAGGAGAGCAAUGUGAAGCGCGAGGACUUCUUCGUCACGGCCAAGGUGAACAAGGGCAUCGGUGACAUACCAGAGGCCAUCGAGAGGACGCUGCGGAACCUGCAGCUGGACUACGUUGACCUAUAUCUGAUCCACGAGCCCUUCUUCGCCAAAAGCGACGAGGAGCUGCAGUCCAAAUGGGCCGAGAUGGAGAAAGUGCAGAAGUCCGGCAAGGCACGCUCGAUCGGCGUGUCCAACUUCCUGCAGCCCCAUCUGGAGGCGAUCACGAAGACCGCGAGCAUCAAGCCGGCCGUGAACCAGAUAGAAUUCCAUCCUUACCUGCAGCACGGGGACUUGCUAGCGGUGCAUAGACGACUGGGCAUCGCGGUGGAAGGGUACUCGCCGCUGACACCUCUGACACGGGCAAAGGGGGGCCCCGUCGACGGAGUUGUCAGUCGGCUGGCGAAGAAGUACGGCGUGAGCGAAGGGAAUGUGCUGCUCCGGUGGUCUAUCGAUCAGGAUGUGGUGACGCUCACGACCAGCAGCAAGGAGGAGAGGCUGAAGGAGUUCCUUGACGUGGUGAAGUUUAGGCUGACGGCGGACGAGGUCGAUGAGAUAUCUCGACUGGGCAGGGAGAAGCACUACCGGGCCUUCUGGAAGAGUAAAUUUGAUCCUGAUGAUCGAUCGUAA